AUGUCUGAUGCUCUUCCUGAAAUGCAAUACCGCCACCUUGGCCGGACAGGACUGAAGGUGUCUGUCAUCUCUCUUGGUAGCUGGCUUACUUAUGGUGGCCAUGUUGGAAAUGAGACUGCAUUCGACUGCAUGAAGGUCGCGUAUGAGGCCGGCAUCAACUUCUUUGACACAGCCGAGGUUUACUCCGCUGGCCAGUCCGAGAUUGUUCUUGGAGAAGCAAUUAAGAAAUUUGGUUGGAAGCAGAAUGAUCUGGUGAUCUCAACCAAGAUCUACUGGGGCCGAGCCAACAGCGCCAACCCUGACAAGCCACUAAAUAACAAUGGUCUCUCAAGAAAGCAUAUCAUUGAAGGCAUGAACCAAUCUCUCAAGCGACUGGACUUGCCAUACGUGGACAUUGUCUACGCCCACCGCCCAGACCGCGACACCCCCAUGGAGGAAGUCGUGCGUGGCUUUAAUUACCUCAUCGACACCGGCAAGGCCUUCUACUGGGGCACUUCUGAGUGGUCGGCAAGCGAGAUCUCUGAUGCCUGGCGGAUCGCCGAUAGACUGGGCCUCGUAGGCCCCGCCGUCGAACAGCCGCAAUAUAACCUUCUUGCGCGUGAGCGCGUGGAGAAAGAGUACCGCUGGCUCUACGAUGCUCACGGAUUGGGUCUUACCACCUUCUCGCCACUGAAGGGUGGUGUCUUGACGGGCAAGUACAAUGGAACUACGGCGCCACCACCUGGUUCUCGUCUGGCAGAGUCUGAGGAUGGAUAUGUGAAGGGCCUGCGCAAGACUGUUGGUGAUGAUGCAUGGACUAGACAGUUGGAGCAGACAGCUGCUCUGAAGCCUAUUGCUGAUGACCUGGGUAUCAGCACUGCUCAGCUGUCUUUGGCAUGGAUUCUGAAGAAUCCCAAUAUCUCUUCUAUGAUUACUGGUGCUUCGCGACCUGAGCAAGUGCGCGAUAAUGUGCGUGCUUUGGCCGUGGCUGAUAAGUUGACCCCUGAGAUUUUGGAGAGAAUCGAGAAGGCUGUUGAUAACCAGCCGGUUGAGGAGAAGCGUCGGUUCUAA